UCCCAUUGAAAGUGGAAGACAGUACUGAGGCAUGCCAGGGGACAGCGGCGUCAACGUUGAGGGCUCUUGUGAGGCCCUGUGUCGGACCCUGGUUUCACAGAACGGCCUGCAGAGAGAGACGGCCGACAUCUCCCAGUCCGUCCUCUACACCUCGCUGAUGGGCUUGCUUCUGGUCGCCGACAACGAGAAAGAGCAUCUCUCCCUAGGAAGUGGGAGGGUUGGCCUUAGAAACAUUGGAAACACAUGUUUCCUGAAUGCAGUAGUCCAAUGUUUGUCUCACACGCGCAGCCUGCGGGACUACUGCCUUCUCACGUCCUACAGGGAUGAGAAGUUCUCCAAAGAGGAGGCCAAGCUCAUGGCAGCUUUCUCCCAGGUGCUGUCAGGCCUUUGGGACGUAAACAACGGGGGCACAGUCGUAAACCCGCAGCGGUUUUACAGUGUUUUCAAAGAAGUGGUACCUUACUUCAGUGGAUACAGUCAGCAGGACGCGCAGGAGUUCCUCAGGUUCCUAUUGGACAAGCUGCACACGGAAAUCAACCGCAGGCCCUGUGUUAGACGGACGGGGAAGGAGCCACAACCGAAAUUUGCCAGGUUCAGGAUUUCAGAAGAGGCGGCUGCCAUGUGGAAGAAGCACCUGGAGAGAGAUGACAGCGGGAUCGUCGACCUGUUCUUGGGCCAGCUGAGGAGCUCGCUGCAUUGCUCAGUGUGCUCUCACUACUCCAACACAUUCGAUGUGUUCUGUGACCUAUCGCUGCCCAUCCCCAAGAGGAGCUCUGCUGGGGGGGUCACGCUGAGGGAGUGCCUGGAGCUCUUCUCUCAGGAGGAGAAACUGGACAAGGAAAACUCACCUAUGUGCGAGAGGUGUAACAGACAUACCGAGUGCACCAAGCGGCUUUCCAUCCAGAGGUUCCCCCAGGUUAUUGUGAUUCAUCUGAACCGCUUCACAACGUCGCGGUGGUCUAUCAGUAAAAGCACCGUGUACGUGUCCUUCCCACUUACUGACCUGGACCUCGGACGCUAUGGGCCUGCUGACUGUGGCCCAGUUCUGUACGAUUUAUAUGCAAUAUGUAACCAUGCUGGGACGGUGAACAUGGGCCACUACACAGCCUGCUGUUCAGACCAAAAUGGUUGGUGCUUCUACAAUGACUCAAGUGUGUCUCCAGUCUCUGAGCACCAGCUUCAGACCAAUCAAGCAUAUGUGCUGUUCUACCAGCGCAGCAACACCACCACCGCAGUCAGGAAAUAGACUUGAGACUGGCUGAGCCAAGCAGCCAAUCAGAGGAUCGUUAUAGCCAGUGACUAUAGAAACACGUAGAAGCAGCAGUGCUGGAACUCCUGCAUUUAUGCACGGCUCAAUCUCAGUGAGCAUGCCUUCGAAUAAUCUCUGAAGACAAGAGCAAAGCCAUGCUCUCUUUGAAAGGGGCCCUCUGGAAUCGUGUAGAUGCUUUCGGAGAGUCUCAGUGACAGAGCCGAGACAGCUGGGACAGACAGCACACAGCCUUAAGGGUACCAUACGGUGUACUUGCACAUGAGGCUGAGCUCUUUGUGUAAGAUGAUUGGGAUUUGUACUUGCGAGUACCUGAGUAUAAAAAGAAAAAUAUUGUAUGGAAUAGAUAUUAGGCAGCAUAUGAUAACUCAAAUGUGACAUAUAGUAUUUCAUUUUAAGCUACAAUUUUGUGAAAUUGUACAGUACUUUCACUCAAUAUGCAAACAUCUGUCACCAAUUCUAUAAGCAUGCUUUCAUUUUGUUUUAUUGUUAAUCUCCGUUCAUAUGGAGUGAAACGGAAAUGGGCUAUAUUUUUCCUCUUUUCUGAAUUUAAAUAUAUUUGUAUUUAAAUAUAUUUGUAUAUAUGUAUAUUCAUAUGUAUUUGUAGAUAUAUAAAGUUUUUUUUUUACAUCUGUCAAUUGAA